GGAAAACAUGUCUGCUUUAUCCAACUGGACACAGACUCUGGAAGAUGUCUUCAAAAGGAUUUUUAUCACGUACAUGGACAACUGGCGCCAGAACACGACAGCUGAGGAAGAGGCGCUGCAGGCCAAGGUUGACGCAGAGAACUUCUACUACGUCAUCCUGUACCUCAUGGUGAUGAUCGGCAUGUUCUCCUUCAUCGUCGUGGCCAUCCUGGUGAGCACGGUGAAGUCCAAGAGACGAGAACACUCCAACGACCCCUACCACCAGUACAUUGUGGAGGACUGGCAGGAAAGGGACAAGAGUCAAAUUCUGCGUCUCGAAGAGGCCAAGGCCACCGUCCAUGAGAAUGUUGGCGCAACAGGGUUCACAGCGUCUGCCUGA